AGACGUGUAUCUUUAAAGUGAGGAUGCUUCCCCCCUGCCUGCACCACCAGGGGCGGUUGCACAUGCCGACCCGCCGGGCGGGCUGGAAGAGGAGGCGGGGAGGGGGAGGAGGAGCUAGGAGGUCGGGGCCCGCGAAUUUCCAGACGCAGGGCCAUGCCUGGAGCAAGCCUGCUGCGAGCCCGAAUUUGCAAAGAAUGUGGGCUCGGGCCAGGAGGCCUCGAAUUACCACAAUCGAAUUAGGCACUGUGCGAGCUCUUCUGGCUACGAUGCGCACGUGGAAUACGAUCCGCGCGAGAACUUGUGACAAGGUUCAACGCAGUUCCUACAGGAGCAGGAGGAAGGCGGAGGAAGAGAAGCAGCAGCAAGUAGCGGGCGGAGGAGGCGGGCAAAACAUCGGGGCAGGGGGGAGGGGGGAGGAGAGAUGCCGAGCAAGAGCGGCACGGCACUCGACUACUGGUAUGGCGGGCAGCUGGCCGCCGGCCUGAUGGGGCCUCUCAGUGGCCGCACAUGGCCAAGAGGGGCUCGCUUCGCCGACGGCGGCCCAGCCAUUGAACAUAGGUAGGCGGCCAGCUUGCCUGGCCCCUGCUGCGUGGCCACACAAGACUGCGAGUCCCUGUGCGGAGGUCACGACGAUCGCGACCUGGUGGCCCUGCCAAGCUUGAAAUCAAAGAGGGGAGCACUGCGAGCGGCGCGCGGGGGCGCAUGUUGCGAGGACGGAGUAGAAGAAGAAAAAACGCCAUAAACAUAACCCCGAGGGGGGCGGGCGGCAGGGUGGAGAACGAGUCCGAGAAUCGUCAAACACCUCCGUCGUGAGCUCCUCGCGACGUCGGAGGUCUGGCCGGCGGCGGCGCGCCACCCGGAGCGCCCGGGGCGGGGCCGCCGCCGGGUCGACGCGGCGCGGGCUGGCCGCGCCCUCUUGGCGCGCGCCGCCGAGAGCUCGCGAGAGGACGCCGCGAGCGGCGCGCGGGCACGCCGUCCUCCACCCUGCGGGCAAAACUUCUGCCUACAUCCACUGCAGUAUGGAGUUUCGGGCUCCCUUCCGAAGAAACCCGAGGCGCAGUGGAUAUGGAUGAAUUUGCCCCCUAGAGGCUCCAUUGUUAUCCAUAUCCAGUGCGCCUCGGCCUUGUGACGACGAAGGUUUUUGACGAUUCUCGGCCUCUGGAGGCCCUCGCCGGGCCUCGGGAGCGUCAGAGAACGGCUCGGGAUGAGAAACCGGCCCCAGGGAAGGUCUCCAGACUUCGGGGGGCCAACGUCGUGAGUUUCUC